CGUAGAUUUAUUGUAUCGUAUUCGGACUGGGCCAAAUUUUUAGUUGAAAUUGAGGAAAUAUGCAGCGCCGUCAGUCGGAGAACUUUUACCAAGUGCUAAACGUGCCCGUCAACUCCAGCGAUCAGGAGAUCAAGAGCGCCUUCUUUGAGCUGUCCAAGCAGUAUCAUCCGGAUGCCAACAGUCCGAGCUGCGACUCCGAGCGCUUCUCCAGGCUGUGGGAGGCAUACAAGACGCUGCACAGGCCCAGCACGCGGCAGCACUACGACAACAGCAUGAACUUCAAGCAGCAAACGGGUCCCCAGCUGCACAGAUGCCAGCAGAACGUGGCCAGUGUCUGGCAGAAGUUUCACACACAGAUGCGGAAUAAGCAAAAGCGAUCCUUCUACAAUGGGUUGGCAGUGUGGAGGCCAAAGACAGCGGUCACCACUUGGCUGCCAGAGAAAAAGGCGGUGCUGAACACUAAACCUGGCUGGGAGACUCCUGCUUCACUCAGAUUCAACUGGAGGUUAAAUUUGUGCUGCACGGGCUUCAGCCUGGUCAGUGGAUUGCUCAUACUGAGCUCCCUCAAGGUGUGGCGUGGGCAUAACUGGAUGUCUGCGCCACACAAAAAGAGCUCCAGGCAGGAUGAGCAAUCCCCUAGUGUGGCAAAUAGCUCUUUGGAGCUCAUGUGGUCAUACUUCUAGGAGAGACCACCCACCAGACCGGGCUGUGGCUGUGUCAACUGCCAUCUUCCAACAAUCUUUUUACCAGCGUGUCGAGGCAAACUCAUGCAUAUGCAUGAGGCAUGCCAACUAUUAUUUUGUUAGAUUUCUGAGUGAAAAAUAUAUAAAUUUGCCCGUUAA